UCUAAAAAUGGCAUUUCUCGUCAAUGGAUUAGUGUAAGUGUGGUGUAGAAAAGAAAACGAAAAGAAACCUAGCAAAGGAAAAAAUUUUCACACACCAGAUUUUACAUUUUUUACAAAAGAAAUUCAUUCAAAACUUCUUUUAAAAUGUUUAAAAAUAAAUCUCUCAAUUGAAAACCACAAAGACUUCAAAUUUCCAAAAUAUGCAAAAGUGAUAUUUGUACCAAAAAAUAAAUAAAUCAAAAAGAAAAAAGAAGAAGAAAAAUACGCAUUCAUUCCACUUCCAUCGCGAUCGCCAGCCCAGCGCCAGCACCAGUACCAGCACCAGAACCAACGAAUUCAAGAGAAUUUUUCGAAUUUUACACUUUCCAUUAUCCAUUAUUUAGAACGACCCACGGCUAUAAGUUCGUGUACGGCUAAGGUUUACGGUACGGUGGCGUGUGUUUUCCAAGUCAAGUGAAUUUUGAAUCUAGUUUAGUUAUUAGUUUCUCAACUCCUCAUUAAAAAUCAAAUAAAUAAAUCGAGAAAACAUUUCUCUCUGCCCUCAAAAACAAAAAAAAACCUCAAAUUAGAAAUUGAUAUUUAAUGGCGGAAAAUAUUAAAAAUUAAUUACAAAACUAUCUACGAUAGUUUUAAAUAUAAAAUUCUGUAGAAGUUCCAAGAGAAUUUUUAUGCGUGUGUGAAUUGAAUCGUGAAUUGUCAGACGUUGACAACGAAGACGACGACGACGGACGGUUGAAACAGACCACAGAAGACGCUUCCACUGAAAACGAAAAAAAGUGUCGUAAAAUUGCAUCUCGCAGAGGAGAAUACACAACCACACAAACUUACGGGAAUGAUUAUCCAGGAGCCUGUUCAGGCUGCCAUUUGGCACUGCUUGAACCACUACGACAACAAGGAUGCAGUUUUUCUCGCAGAGCGUCUUUGCUCCGAAGUGGAAUCGGACGAAACAAUAUUCAUUCUAGCCACAAGUUAUUUUCGCUCGAAUAUGAUUCAUCAAGCGUAUUGGCUGCUAAAAGAAAAAUCCCGUCGUUCACCCGAAUGCCGUUUCCUCCUUGCCAAAUGUGCGUUCCAUCUCAAGAAAUACUCCGAAGCCGAAUGUACCCUGUCUAGUGUCUAUUUAGGUGAAUUAAAGAAUUUCGAUGAAAUAGCGAAGGAUUUUGGGGAGAUAGCGUGUUUUGUGCUGCAGCUAAUUGCUCAGAUAUGUGUGAAAACAGAGCGCGAUUCGAUAGCCGUCGACGCAUACCGCAAAGCUCUAAAGCUAAAUCCAUUCUUAUGGACGGCAUUCGCUGAGCUCUGUAAUCUCGGAGUGGAUAUCGAUCCGAAGGAGAUAUUCCAAGUAACCAGCACAGAUAUCUUCAAUACAAGUCAGGGCAACAAUAACACCAACUCGAUGGUUCUCUUUGGCAAUGGAGAUGGUUUCCCAGGCUGUUGUGAUGGCACCCAGCUGUUGUCGGGCGGCAAUAAUGGAAGUAUAUUGCAGCAGCAGACCACUUUGGGAGGGGAUAUAGUCAAUAGUCUUAAUAAUAGCUCUAAUUAUAUACUUACAACGCCUGUUGACCAGUCAAACACCGUCAACUUGAUGACACCCAACAAUAACAAUCUAAAUAGUUCAAUGACCAUUCUGCGGGGUGGUAAUAUAGGCCUGGGUGGCGCCCCUCCACCCAUCUCCAAUAACCUGAAUACCACCAUCGAGGAUACGCCAAUAGUUUUCGCCAACAACAACAAUAGCAACAUUAGCAGUAGCGGUGGCGGCGGCGGUGGAGGCGGAGGCAUAGGCUACAUAGAGACAAGUAAUUUCGAUGGCGGCACACCAUUCCGUAGGCAGUUCAAAUACCUCUCGGCCAUGAGUCCGUCAACACCUAGCUUCGGAAUUCUGCCCAUAAGUCCGGGAGACACGUCGUACAUCAAUCUAAACACAACAAUGCACACCCCAUCGCCACAGACGCUAGUCGAGGCUAAUCAGGAGCAGAAGGCGGUUGGGAAGAAACUAAAAACACACGUCGGCAGCUUGAUAAACCGCAAAGAGACCACAGCGAAGCCAGCAGUCUUCACACAGACCGGCAACAUAACCCCCCGUACGCCGAAUACCUGCACCACCGGUGGUGGCCUUGGAGCGCAGAAUGUCCGGCGGAGUUCGAGACUGUUUAGCAAUAGCAACUAUUCUGUAAAAGAGAACAACAAGAGUCCUAACAUUAGUAAAUUUGUGCAACCACGUUCCCCACCACGAAAGACCAAACAGAGAAUUCCUAAGAUCUCCCUCAGUAACAUCGAGCUGAAUGAAAAAGACAAAAAAGAGAAGAUCGAAACCAUCACCUCCAAUGAUAGCAAAGUUCUGCUUAACAAUAGUCUGAAUAGUGCCCAAACAAUGGCCCACCAUGUGUUGAACUUAAAACGCCAAAGUGCUGAGGGUCUGAUGGCCCUGCUGCGCGAUCUCGGCCAGGGCUACUACCACCUGACGCGAUACAACUGCCAAGAGGCGAUCAAGAGCUUCGAAACAAUUCCAAAGCACCACCUCAGUUCCAGCUGGGUGCAAAGCCAAAUCGGUCGUUCACACUACGAGCUGCGGGAGUACGAGAAUUCAGUGUCAAUAUUUCGUAAGAUCCACGAAAGUGACCCCCAUCGUCUGGACUCGAUGGAGACGUACAGUUCGUCGCUGUGGCACUUGCAAAAAGAGGUCGACCUGUCUGCUCUGGCCCAGGAUCUGAUGGCGCAAGACAAGACUUCUCCUAUAACUUGGUGCGUGUCGGGCAAUUGUUUCUCGCUGCAUAAGGAGCACGAAACGGCAAUAAAGUUCUUCAAGCGAGCAGUACAAGUGGACUCAGAUUUUGUGUAUAGCUACACUCUGCUCGGCCAUGAACUGGUUCUCACAGAGGAGCUGGACAAAGCUUUGAAUUUCUUCCGAACGGCGGUGCUCAAGGAUCCGCGACAUUACAACGCCUGGUUUGGCAUUGGCACCAUCUAUUCCAAACAGGAAAAGUAUGAGCUGGCCGAACUGCACUACGACAGAGCCCUCAAGAUAAAUCCCAAGAACUCAGUAAUUCUGGUGCACAUUGGUGCCAUGCAAUAUUUCAUGCAAAAGAAGGAGCAAGCCCUACAAACCCUCAAUAGAGCGGCAGCGAUAGACCCCAAGAAUCCGCUGGCGAGAUUCCACAGAGGUUCAAUAUAUUUUUCACUUGGCAAGCACCAAGAAGCACUCCGAGAACUGGAAGAGCUAAAAGAGAUCGUGCCAAAGGAGUCGGUGGUGUUUUAUCUCAUCGGCAAGAUACACAAGGCGCUGGGCAAUGUCGACUCGGCACUGAUGCACUUCAGCUGGGCGACCGAUCUCGAUCCCAAAGGCGCCAACAACCAAAUAAAAGACGCCUUCGACUCAAUGAGUCAUCCAUCCUGUUGCCCGCCCAUGAACGACCUAAACCUCGAUCCAGACUUGGAGCCAAUCUCCGAACGCAGCGAUGACUCCACGCAAGCGCAACAGGAUGUUAAUUAUGAUAGUGAUAGUUAUUAAAGAAAAGAAGAAAAACAAAAAUAUUCUGGUAUUAAAAUUAAAAUUGAUUUUGAUUUAACAAAACAAAAUAAAACAUAAAAAUAAAAUGAA